GCGAAAGCCUUCUUGCGGCCAGCCAGGAUGCGGAAAAAUUUACACGUCGCCAUGGAAGCGUAUGUUACCAAAAUUUUAAUAGAUCCGUCAACGAAAAGGGCUUACGGCGUAGAGUUCAUUAGAGACGGGGAAACGUUGCGCGUACAUGCCAACAAAGAAGUGAUCGUUUCCGGUGGAGCUAUUAAUAGCCCCCAGUUGUUGAUGCUGUCAGGAAUAGGACCUAGAGAACACUUAUCGGAACACGGUAUACCAGUGAUUCAGGAUUUA